AUGGGAUUUUCACCACUGUCCCUAUCUCAAUAUCUCUCUUCCAUUCUGUUUCUCUUCCAUUUUCACACAACAAUUUCUUCAUCAAAUUACUCCUAUUCAUCUCAUUUCUGUGCUCAUGACCAAAGUCUUUCUUUGCUCCAAUUCAAAGAGUCCUUUUCCAUUAGUAGCUCUGCUUCAGGGCGUUGCCAGCAUCCCAAGACAGAGUCGUGGAAAGAGGGUACAGACUGCUGCUUGUGGGAUGGGGUCUCUUGUGACCUGAAAACCGGGCAUGUCACUGGACUGGACCUCUCCUGCAGCAUGCUUUACGGCACCCUCCAUCCCAAUAAUUCUCUCUUCUCUCUCCAUCAUCUUCAACAGCUCGACCUCUCUUUCAAUGAUUUCAACUCCUCCCAUGUUUCUUCUCGAUUUGGCCAGUUCUCCAAUCUAACACAUCUUAACCUAAGUUCUUCAGAUCUUGCAGGCCAAGUUCCAUUAGAAGUCUCUCACCUCUCCAAAUUGGUUUCACUUGAUCUCUCUUGGAACAACGAUCUAAGUCUAGAACCAAUUUGUUUUGACGAGCUUGUUCGAAACCUAACCAAUCUUAGAGAACUCGAUUUGAGUCGGGUGAACAUGUCACUAGUUGUUCCGGAUUCCUUGAUGAAUCUGUCUUCUUCUCUGUCAUCGCUCAAACUCAAUUACUGUAGAUUGCAAGGAAAACUCCCAUCCUCAAUGGGGAAAUUUAAGCACCUGCAGUCCUUGGAUCUUGGAGAGAACAAUCUUACUGGUCCAAUUCCAUAUGAUUUUGAUCAACUCACUGAGUUGGUUUCACUUGAUCUCUCUGAAAACUUCUAUCUAAGUCCAGAACCAAUUUCUUUUGACAAGCUUGUUCGAAACCUAACCAAGCUAAGAGAACUCAAUUUGGAUUAUGUAAAUAUGUCUCUGGUUGCACCUAAUUCCUUGACUAAUCUGUCCUCUUCUUUGUCAUCUCUUUUCCUUGGGGAUUGUGGAUUGCAGGGGAAGUUCCCGGGUAACAUCUUUCUCCUCCCAAACCUUGAAUCAUUCUAUUUGGCAUACAACGAAGGCCUCACUGGCUCUUUUCCUUCGUCCAAUUUGAGUAAUGUCCUCUCUCGGUUGGAUCUUUCUAUUACAAGAAUUUCAGUUUAUUUAGAAAACGACUUAAUCAGUAAUCUAAAGUCAUUAGAAUAUAUGUCUCUUCGUAAUAGUAAUAUUAUAAGUUCAGAUCUAGCCCUGCUUGGAAAUCUCACAAAACUCAUUUAUUUAGACCUUUCAAAUAACAACUUUAGUGGUGAGAUCCCAUCAUCACUUGGUAAUCUCACUAAACUUUAUUUUUUAGACCUCUCAGGUAACAACUUUAACGGUCAGAUCCCAUCAUCACUUGGUAAUCUCACAAAACUCAGUUCUUUAUACCUCUCAAGUAACAAUUUAAACAGUUACAUUCCAUUCUCGCUUGGAAACCUAAUUAAUCUUUUAGAAUUAGAUUUAUCCAAUAAUCAACUAGUAGGAAACUUUUUGUUUGCUCUUCCUUCUUUAGAUUAUCUUGAUCUUCAUAACAAUAAUCUAGGCAAUAUAAGUGAACUCCAACACAAUUCAUUAGGUUUCCUUGAUUUGAGCAAUAACCACUUGCAUGGUCCAAUCCCAAGUUCGAUUUUCAAACAAGAGAACUUGCAAUUCCUUAUUCUUGCAUCCAAUAGUAAAUUGACAGGUGAGAUUUCUUCUUCUAUUUGCAAGCUGAGAUCCCUUUGGCUCCUGGACUUGUCCAACAACAGCUUGAGUGGUUCUAUGCCACAAUGUUUGGGGAACUUCAGCAGCAUGCUCUCGGUAUUGCAUCUAGGCAUGAACAAUCUUCAAGGCACUAUCCCUUCAACAUUUUCAAAGGAUAAUAGCUUGGAAUAUCUCAACCUCAAUGGAAACGAAUUAGAAGGGAAAAUACCACCGUCUAUCAACAACUGCGCAAUGUUGAAAGUUCUUGAUCUUGGCAACAAUAAGAUUGAGGAUACAUUUCCCUACUUUAUAGAAACGCUUCCAGAGCUCCAAAUUCUUGUCCUAAAAUCCAAUAAACUCCAAGGCUUUGUGAAGGGUCCGCCUGCAUAUAAUUCCUUCUCUAAAUUACAGAUUUUUGACAUCUCUGGCAAUAAUUUUAGUGGGCCAUUGCCAACUGGGUAUUUCAAUACGCUUAAAGCAAUGAUGGUCUCGGAUCAAAACAUGAUUUACAUGGGUGCAACAAGGCUGAAUUAUGUCUAUUCCAUAGAAAUGACAUGGAAAGGUGUAGAAAUUGAGUUUUUGAAGAUCCAAAGUACCAUCAAAGUACUAGAUUUGUCAAAUAACAGUUUUACCGGAGAGAUUUCCAAGGUGAUCGGAAAGCUUAAAGCACUACAACAACUCAACCUCUCUCAUAAUUUCCUUACAGGUCAUAUCCAAUCAUUAUUGGGAAAUUUGACCAAUUUGGAAUCAUUAGACCUAUCUUCAAAUUUGCUUACAGGAAGGAUUCCAAUGCAGAUGGCACAUCUAACAUUUCUUGCAAUCCUAAACCUUUCACAUAACCAGCUAGAGGGGCCCAUACCAAGUGGAAAGCAAUUCGACACCUUUGAUGCAAGCUCAUUUGAAGGAAACUUGGGUUUAUGUGGAUUUCAAGUACUAAAAGAAUGCUACGAUGAUAAGGCACCGUCAUUGCCGCCAUCAAGCUUUGAUGAAGGAGAUGAUUCAACAUUGUUUGGAGAUGGAUUUGGAUGGAAAGCUGUGACAAUAGGGUAUGGAUGCGGGUUUGUGUUUGGAGUUGCAACGGGAUACGUUGUGUUUAGAACAAAAAAGCCUUCAUGGUUUCUUAGGAUGGUUGAAGAUAAAUGGAAUCUCCAGAGCAAAAAAACAAAGAAGAAUGCUGGCAGAUAUGGUGCUAGAAGAAACUAAAUAGUGCAAUUGAUAUUUUCAAUUCAAACAAGAUAUCAAGUGGAUUUGACAUUGAAACAACACCAAGGUGGCAGAUUCCCUUUACUUUUCUCUUUUUUUUUUUGGUUUCAAGGUUAAUUGAGUGUUACUUUUAUGAAAAAGAAUCCAUGUAUGUAAUAGGUCAAGCAUGCAAAGUUAUAGAGUUAUGAACAAAUUGCUUACAA